AAGAAGAAGCACUGCGUGGCGUUGCCGCCGCCCUUGAUGUGGUCGUAGGCCAGCAUUGGCAGGCGGGGACUGACCACCAGCAGCCACACCAGCACCGACAACUUCCCGGCCUGGCUCCUGCUCAUGCGGGUGAAGCAGGUGUGCGGGUGGACCACCUGGGGACACAAACCAGGUCUUCAUCUUCAGGACCCAGGACGCCCAAAAAGGCUGGUCCUAAAGAGGGAGGCAUCUUUCUCAGGUCUCAAGAAGGAAGCUGAGAGGUUCAAUGGACUGUCGCUCCUCUACUGGACCAUCAUGGGCCCACACGGCAUCAGCCGAGCCGUCCACAGACUGGAGUUCUGCGACUGUAAGCGUGGCCUCGGUGUGAAGGUCAUCGGAGGCUGCCGAGACGUGACCGGGGAGGACUUUGGCGUCUACGUGAAGAGAGUGGUGGCGGGGGGACUGGCUGCCCUGGACGGUCGGCUUAAGUCGGGUGACCUGAUUCUGGACGUCAACAACAUCAGCCUGAUCGGGGUCACCAGCGAGAGGGCGGUGGAGAUCCUGAGGACGGCGUCCUUGUCCAAUCACAUGUCUCUGCUGGUUACCAGGGACGACGAGUCCAGGCGGGAGUUCGUGGAGCUGAUGGAGAAGUACGGCGCUGGCCCGUUCGCGUCUUCGGGUCUCAUCUCGCCAACGCCGCCGUCAGCAGGGAAGCUGCCGGACACUUCUUCCUCCUCCUCCAGGUCUGAGAGCCCCCAGCUCCUCAGUCCCAAAGAGGGGGUCUAGCCACGCCCCCUCCUACAGGUGGGUCCCCGACACUCGAGAAAUCCUUUUCCUUGCUGUGGUACAGGUCUAGACCUAAUCCGACCUUACCCUCCCCCUCUCUGCAGCGAGCACGUCAUCCAGCUGAUCUGCAUCGCCAAGGGAAGCGGACUGGGCCUCGCCAUCAAGGGGGGCUCCAACCGCGCUGAGGGUCCCAUGGUGUCCAUCCAGGAGGUGGUGUGUGGAGGAGACUGCCAGAAGGAUGGCAGGCUGCAGGUAGGAGACCAGCUGGUGUCCAUCAACAAGGAGUCUCUCAUUGGAGUGACAUACGAGGAGGCCAGGAGCAUCCUGACACGCACCAGACUCAGACCAGAUCCCACAGUGGAAGUGGCCUUCAUCCGGCGGCGGACUUCCUCCAGCUCCAGCACCGGGCCCCACAGUCCCAUCUCCGUGCAGGGCUCUGGAGCCCAAGCGAGGCCCCCGGGCCUGGUAGCAGGACCGCCCCCACCAGUGGUGGUCACCAAGAUCACGUCCUGCAGGAACCCUGCCAGUGAGACCCUGCCCACGCUCAACCUCAGCCAGGUCCGAGUGUCUGCGGCCAGAACAGAGCAGACGUCCACACCCGAGGCCGCGACAAACACUGAUGGCGCCAGCAGCGAAGGUGCCGUCAUCAGACUGGAGCGACUGGAGCAGGACUCUGAGGAAAUGGAGCGCGUGAGGAAGGAGCAGACGGAGGCUGUGAGGGAGAUGAAGAGGCUGCAGGAGCAGCUGCUGGAGUCUCAGAGGGUCCACGUGCAGAUGCAGGAGGAGCUGGACCGAGUCAAACAGGAAGCGAAAGUGGGGGCGGAGGAGCUGCGUGAUCUCAGGGCCGGCAUGCAGCUGGCAGAGGAGGCCCAGAAGCAGGUGCGAGGCAUGGAGAUGGACUACGAGGAGGUGGUCCACCUGCUGGAGGCUGAGAUCGCUGACCUGAAGAACCAAAGAGCCCGGCAGGAAGACGGCGAGCAGCUGAAGAAGAACGUGGCCGUGCUGGAAUGUCAGCUGCGGAAGAGCGACGCCGCCCGGAAGGCUUUUGAGACGUCCACAGAAAAACUGCUGACUUUUGUGGAGAAUGUGGAAGAGUUCCUGCGUGAAGGACUUGGACCCACCAAGACUUCCAGCUGCGGCGGCGAGGUGAAGGCGGGGCCUCACAAGAAGAAGGCGUGGUCAGCGUCCUCGCUGCUGCAGGAGGCCAAGGAUCUGAGCAGGAGUGUGCGGACCACCAUGGACGUGGACAGUCUUCCAUACGGCUGGGAGGAGGCCUACACGGCAGACGGGGUCCAGUACUUCAUCAAUCAUGUGACCCAGACCACCUCGUGGUGCUCACCGGGGACCAGCGGCGCCGUGACCUCCACGACCCCGCCAUCGCCUUCGCCAUCGCCAUCGCCCCCGGACGGCUCAAACGGUGAGCCGGAGUGUCGGCGUGGAGUCUCCGUGGAGACGGAGAUGUAGACGGUGAUGGUGCUGUUGCUAUGGUGACACAGGUGUUAGCUGAGAGCCAAUCAGAAGCCAGAAGAAAGGCGGCAGUGGAAAAGACACAAUAAGAAAGUGUGUACUUGUAAUAAUACACAAUAAGAAAGUGUGUACUUGUAAUAAUACACAAUAAGAAAGUGUGUACUUGUAAUAAUACACAAUAAGAAAGUGUGUACUUGUAAUAAUACACAAUAAGAAAGUGUGUACUUGUAAUAAUACACAAUUAGAAAGUGUGUACUUGUAAUAAUACACAAUUAGAAAGUGUGUACUUGUAAUAAUACACAAUAAGAAAGUGUGUACUUGUAAUAAUACACAAUUAGAAAGUGUGUACUUGUAAUAAUACACAAUAAGA